CGAUGAUGAUCAAGAAGAAGUCACCAGACAGGAAAUUAGCACACCAGAGAAACCGGGUCAUGUGAGCCAGUGAAGUUGUUCAUAUAGAGAAGCCUCACAAAACGAUGGAGGAAGCGUCUUUGCAUGAUGAGGGUUUUCCCCCAGAAAAUCUGAAGCAAUUGCUGAUUGCAUGUGCUAAAGCUCUCUCCGACAACAGCAUCGAUGUUUUUGAUAGGUUGAUUGAAAAGGCUAGAGAUGCUGUGUCUAUCACAGGAGAACCAAUCCAGCGUCUUGGUGCUUACAUGGUAGAAGGGCUGGUGGCAAGAAAGGAGGCAUCGGGCUCCAGCAUUUACCAAGCAAUCAACUGUAGAGUGCCUGAAAGCAAAGACUUGCUUUCGUACAUGCAUAUCCUGUAUGAAAUCUGCCCCUACUUCAAAUUUGGUUACAUGGCAGCCAAUGGGGCGAUUGCCGAUGCAUGCAAAAACGACGACCGCAUCCACAUCAUAGACUUUCAUAUUGCUCAGGGAUCCCAGUGGGUGACUCUCCUUGAAGCACUUGCCGCACGACCGGGAGGGCCUCCCCAUGUGCGGAUUACAGGGAUUGAUGACUCUUUUUCCAAAUAUGCCCGUGGAGAUGGGUUGGAGGCGGUAGGGAGACGGUUGGGAGCAAUUUCUGAGAAAUUUAACAUCCCAGUUGAGUUUCAUGGACUGCCAGCUUUUGCUCCAGAUGUUACGCCGGAUAUGCUUAAUGUCAUGCCCGGGGAGGCUCUGGCUGUAAACUUCCCUUUCCAGCUCCACCAAAUCCCAGACGAGAGUGUUGAAGUGAGCAAUCUGAGGGAUGGGAUUCUGAGAAUGGUAAAGUCACUUUCUCCCAAGGUGGUCACUUUGGUGGAACAAGAAUCGAACACAAACACAGCCCCUUUCUUGCGUAGGUUUGAAGAAACUCUAGACUACUACUUGGCAAUGUUUGAGUCUAUUGAUGCCACCCUGCCAAGAAACAACAAGGAUCGUAUAAAUUUGGAGCAGCAUUGUGUGGCCAGGGAUAUUGUGAAUGUCAUUGCUUGCGAGGGGAAGGAGAGGGUGGAGCGCCACGAACUCUUCGGCAAAUGGAAGUCCAGAUUGACAAUGGCGGGGUUCUGCCAAUAUCCUCUGAGCUCUUAUGUCAACGGCGUGAUAAAGAGCCUGCUGAGGUGCUAUUCAGAACAUUAUAUGCUGGUGGAGAAGGAUGGGGCUAUGCUGUUGGGCUGGAAGGAGAGGAACCUCAUCUCGGCUUCUGCCUGGCAAUUAAUGAUAAAUAAAUAG